CCAUUUCCAGCUACGUUUAGGAUCAAGUCAUCAAAACAUACACACAAAGUCUUACAGCUUUUUUUUUUUUUUUCAAAAAAGAAGAUCCUUCCAGAUCAAGGAAUACACCAAUCCCAAAAGCUUGCUUUGCAUUUCCUUUCUUGAGUGACUAAACAAAAUCCAUUUCCAUUAACAUCUUCUACGAAAGAUUGCUAGUUAGGGUUUUGAAGAAACGAUGAGGAAACGCCAAGUUGUACUGAAAGGAGAUGGUAGUAGUGUGUCAGGAGGAAGAGUUUCUACUACAACAAUGAGAAAUGUUAGGUAUAGAGAGUGCCAAAAGAAUCAUGCUGCGAACAUCGGAGGUUAUGCUGUUGAUGGUUGCAGGGAAUUCAUGGCAAGUGGAGAAGAAGGGACUAUCACUGCUCUUAUCUGUGCUGCUUGUGGCUGCCAUAGGAACUUCCAUAGAAGAGAAGUGGAAACUGAAGAAGUUAGUGAGUAUUCUCCACCUAAUUCUAGUCGCUGAUAGAUUUUGUUUAA